AUGCACUUCACCCCCGUCCUCCUCGCAACCCUCGCCUCUAUGGCCUCUGCCCUACCAGCCCCCAUCGUCGAGACCGUCACUGACGCAGCGGGCGUCGCUGUCGCGGUUCCCGAUGUCGACGCUCUCGACCUCCCUGUCAACGUCAAUGUCCGGCAUCUCGCGGGGCCUGAACUCGAUGCUGAGGUUGUUGAUGUCGAUGCCGAGGUUGAGGAUGUUGCGGUCGUUGUGCCUGUUGGCAUUAACGUCCGCGCCUUGCCGGACGUCCCAGUGCCGCUCCCAAACGUCGACGUCCCCGUCGCUCCUAUCCCGCAAGUCAAAGUCCCAUCUAUCCCCGUCCCUGCGGUCCCAAGCACCAAGGAUCUAGGCGUUGACGGCCUUGUCCCUGAGUUGCCCGGUGGCCUGAACGUCCGAUCCGUCGCAAUCCCUGACGUCCCAGUUCCUGAUCUCCCGACAGCCGGUACCUCAGCGAACGUGAACGUGAACGUCAGAUCCCGCGCCACCGAUGCCAACGCCAACGCCGAUGCCGAUGCCGAUGCCGAUGCCGAUGCCCUGAUCGGCCUCCCCGCAAACCUCCGCGCCGGCGUCACGGACGAGGUUGAGAUGCCGGAGGUGGAACUGGGUGUUCAUGGCCGCGCCCUCCCUGUUGACCUCCCGAGCACGGCUGGACUUGUCCCCGGCGGACUCCCUGAGCUUCCGGCUGUGUCGGAGAUUUCUGAUGUCCCAGAGGUGCAGGUGUCCAAUGUGCCCGAGGUCCCGGGGUUGCCUGAGGUCCAGGUCCCGAAGGUGGCUGAGUUGCCGGUUGAUGUUCCUGCGGUCCCGGCUGUUGGGAAUGUUGUUUGA